UGCCGAAGAGACACCCGAAAUGCCUAAAUGCUACAUUAUCCUGAACUUCCAAGUUCCAACCGCCAUCAACAGAAAUUCUGCGCAAAGAAAAAGAAAUCUUGAAACUCCAUCUAUUCCGGGUUCUCUCUCUCAAGUAUAUUCGAAUCCAUGGCGAUUUCAAUACCAGUGAACUUCAGUUGCAAUACUCCAGUAAACCAGAGCCCCCAAUCUUCUUCAUACUCAACGACAUUAGUUUCUUUUCCUUUCAUACCUUCCCUUCAAACUCUUUCAAAAUCUCACAUUUGCUUCGCGUUAUCUUCCUCUAAAAUAGAAGACACUGGUGGAUUCGAGCAGAGAGAGGAGGCACGGUGGCUCCGGGAGGAGCAGCGGUGGCUCAGGGAGGAGCAGCGGUGGCUUCGAGAAGAGAUCCGGUGGAAAGCAGAACGAGAAGCUCUCUUGAGAGAAGUUCAGGUCCUGCAGCAUCAAAUUCAGGAGCUCAAAAGUUGGAGUUCAUUGCAGGAAGCUUCCGUCUCCAGCGUGUCACCUCAUGAAGUGCAGUUGUUGGAAGAAGUGAAUGACGAGGGGUCGGCGACCAAUUUAAAUACCACAGGAGCAAUGUCGUUGGUCAUGGAGACAUCAAAGGAAAAAGAGGAAGUUGUUGUAAAGGAAAUUGUUAAAGAUGUGGAGGAAGAGGCCAGAGAAGUGAAGAGGGAAAUUUUGAGGAAGGGAUCUGAAGGAGAUGAUGUUUGUCUCAUGCAGGAGGCACUGCUAAGGCUGGGAUUUUAUUGCGGUGAGGAGGAAAUGGAGUACUCUACUUUUUCUACUGGAACAGAGCAUGCUGUAAAAACAUGGCAGGCUUCAUUUGGAGCCCGAGAAGAUGGCAUUAUGACUUCAGAACUUCUUGAGAGGUUAUUCGUGCAACAAAAAUUUGUGAACUCUAACUUGAGAUUGAAAAGCAAUCCAGAACAACAUGUUCUAGAAUCUUCAAAGGUGUGUGCAAAUGGAGCACCAAUUGCUUCUAUUAUGGGAAUAUCAGAAUUUGAGCAAAAAGUCGUCAAAGGGGACAUGGAAACCGAUGUGACCCACCGUAGAGUGUUCCUACUCGGAGAGAACCGGUGGGAAGAACCAUCCAGCCGGCUUAAGGGAAACACACAAUCAGCUUCAACCAAGAGUUCAAGUGACAUGACAACAAGAAAGUGUCUCACUUGCCACGGCGAUGGCCAAUUAAUAUGCAUGGGGCCGUUAGCACUUCAAUCAUGUGAAGAGACGCAGCAAAAGCGACCUUACACUUGGUGUGCUUGAGAGGAAUGAUGUCAUUAGCUGUUGUUUGACAUAAUUGUUCUUCAUUAGGGUAAACAAUUCCGCACUGCUUGGCAGUUGGCAUGCCAAGUAAUCAAGACAUGGAUUUUUACAAUUUUAGCAUAUACUACGUAUAACAAACACUGUUCUUUUUUCAACUGAAUAAAUUCUCAUUGUGCAGACUGUUACGGAACUGGUGAGCCAAAUAUUGAGCCUCAGUUUAUGGAAUGGGUGGGCGAAGGAGCAAAGUGUCCAUAUUGUGAAGGUUUUGGAUUUGUAACUUGUGAUGUAUGUGAAGGUAGAAAGGUAGUCGAUGCAUGAUAUAUGUACUCUUCUGUACAUGCAUCCUUGCAUACCUUCUUUUAUUCUCCAUUUUCUCUCCUGUCGCAAUACGUUUUUAUUGUAGUGAUCUGGUAGAUGGGCAGCUAAGUGAAGAUAUGUAUGUGCAUUAUCGUUUUUAUUUACAAAGACAAUAAAAAAAGUACCCUACAUGGUUGCACUUC